CAAUAAAUACAUCCGCCCCCAAAUGCAAACACAUCAGGAGAGAUUCCUUCCCUGGGGCUCAGAGCAGGCUCAGGCAGGAGAGCAACAUAAUGAGGUUGGUUGUCUUGCUAGCUGUGCUUUACAGUGGAGUAAGCAGCAGCGUUGUGCUGCAGAAGAUGUAUGGGAGGAUCACAUCCCCCAACUUCCCAAAUGUCUACCCAAAUCACAAGGAGAGAAUCUGGAAUAUUACUGUUCCCAAGGGAUAUUCUGUCCGUGUUUACUUCACCCAUUUCAACCUGGAGCUGUCCUACCUGUGUGAAUACGAUUAUGUGAAGCUGAGCUCUGGUGGGAGGACCUUGGCCACACUGUGUGGAAAGGAUAGCACAGACACUGAGGAGGCUCCGGGCAACAAGACCUACAACUCCAUUGACAACAACCUCAUGGUAGUGUUUCGGUCUGAUUACUCCAAUGAGAAACCAUUCACAGGCUUUGAGGCCUUUUAUGCUGCUGAAGAUAUUGAUGAGUGCCAAAGAGUGUCUGAUGGUGAGCCCCUCUGCAGUCAUCACUGUCACAACUAUGUGGGGGGCUACUAUUGCAGCUGUCGGAUUGGCUACACACUGCAUGAGAACAAGAGGACGUGCACAGCUCCUGCAGCUACAGUGUCCAGGUGGAAGGUGGCUUUCUGAUCACACUGGGAUUCAUGGAGACCUUUAAUGUGGAGGCACACCCAGGAGUGUUGUGCUCCUGUGAUGUCCUUAAGGUAAGGUGAGGUUUAUUGCAUUGCAGCACAGCUUCUGUGAGACAGGCCCAGUUCUUUCACUGCAUCAUCUUCAGCCUGGGUUUCACCACGUUAAUUUACAGCCUCAUCUCCCUCUAUUUCUCCUCAUUCAUUAUUUCUCCUCCUCCCUUCAGUUUUGUUGGGUUUUUUCCAUUUCUUUCAACACUUUCCACUUCUGGGAAAUUCACCACAACCAAACCCAGGCACACAUGGGUGUGUGAUGACUUGAUAAUUUCAUCACAACUUGUGCCUGUAGCGCCCAUCAGUGAUGCCAGGGGAGUCAUUUUGCAUUCAGUUUCCUUGUCUGUAACAUGGACCCAGUGGCUGCUUCCCAGGAAUUCCAAAGCAGUUAGGAUGCUUGGAGAAAAGCCCUGCUGUGAGUGACCAUAGUGAGGAACUCUUAACAACCUGCCUGGGCUUUUAAACAGUGCAAGGACCUUUCUAACUGGUAAUCUCAGGAGCACACGCUGGAUGGACACUGAAGUACAGGCGACAGGUGGGAAGGAGACCUAUGCUUAGUUCUGAAGUCCAGACUAUUCCCAGAACUUCAUUCUGGAAAGGCCUGAAUAGCCACCAAAUAGUGGUGCUUGGAAAAGGUGGUUUCCUGCUUUGUUUUCAGGAUUGUUCCUGUUAAACAGUGUAGCUACUGGGUAGCUCACUUCUGAAGGGAAGUUUUAAGGGAAUCGGGAAUUCCAGCUGACCCUGCAGUUGAGCUCAGGUGCAGACAUAUGAUUUUACUUUAAGGAACAGUUUUCCCAGUGUGUCGGGAGUGACAAGGUAUGUGUUGUGGCACCAGAGAGAGAGCCUGGCCCCAUGCAGGUCACUGCUCGCCUUCAGUGCAAGAGCAUCCCAGUCAGGCAGUUCUUCCUUUCACCCUCGGUAAAUGUAGAUCUGUAUCCAUGCAAGUGAGGUGGUGUAGAGAAAGCACAAGGAAAGGGUGGGUUCUCCCUCAGGAGCCUGUAGCAGUAAGGCACAUAUUAGCUCCUAAGGGGAAUAAUAGUGUUUUCUGAUCCUUGCAGGUUUGCCGUGUCCCAGUCCUGAAGCACCACCCCAUGGUCACACCGCGCCAGUGCAGUGCGGUACCUUCUGAGUGACAGCUCCGCUCUCUCCUGUGGCAUCGGAUAUGUGCUGCUUGAAGUAGGCGACCCAUGGAGCU